GGAGAUGCAGGAGAAAGCGAGAACCGCUGGCGAGAAGCUCCGGUCCGGACAACAGGACUGCAAGCACAGGUGGGAAGACGCGUGGACCCCCGAGUGGGAGACCCGGCCUCGCCUUUACUCCGACCUAGCUGAGUUCAUCGACUGGUUCCGCCGUUGGAUGGACGGGACCAUGGCCCUAGUCUGCUACACGGACAUCUACCACGAAACUUUCUUUGACGGCACCGCCCAUCCGGACGGCGUCCGGGGCUUCCUCAUCCCUAGCCUGGACGACGUCGAAACCCGCAUCGACACAUCCGUGGAAGAGACCCGCCUGCACCGUCACGAGAGCGCCGAGGGCUAUUGCUACAACCUGGAGCUGCACCAACGAAAAGAAGAAGAAGAGCGCUUGUUCAAAGAGGCAAUCCGCAGGGAGAGAGCCCGAGACAUCUACAUCCAGACCAGACAGGCAGCGCUCGAGCCGCACCCACUAUCGCCGCGCGCGAACAUCUACCUCCGACACGCGCUGCCAAGCGACGCAGCCGAGCUCGUCGAAAUCUUCAACUACUACAUCAGCGAGUGCCCCGAAAGCAUCGGCGUCGACCCCAUCGAGACCGGCGACGUCCGCCAGCGCAUUGACGACUGCCACCAGCAGAGCCUGCCGUUCCUUGUAGCGGUGGAGCGGCGCACGGGGGCCAUCCGCGACGACAACCCCGAGAAGAUUAUGGGAUACGCGCUGGCGUGCGACUUCGUCGGCCGCCGCACCGCCGCCCGCUACUCCGCCGAGCUGGAGCUCUUCGUCAGGCCAGAGGCCAAACGUAAGGGAAUCGGCCGCUGUCUGAUGGACAAGCUGCUCGGCAUGUGUGAUCCCACAUACAAUCCCAAGGGCGGAUACAACUUUGAGGUCCCUGCGGAAUACACCAACAACGGAGAGCGCCAGCUUGCCCGGCUGACAUUUGCGCUCAGCUUCCCGGCCGACGAUAGCUCGACAUAUACCUGGGUCAAAGGAUGGCUCCAUCGGGUGUUUGAGUUCGAAGAGCAGGGUCUCCUUCGAGGGAAUAGAGUGAAGUUUGGCAAAUACCAACACGUGAGCUACCUCGUGCGCAGCGUUGGAUACAGCGAGGGCGUGGCAUUCGAUCGAUAAGCAGAUUUCACUGUACUGUACUCGGGACCAUCGACACGAUGCAUGGGUCACUAUGUGACAUUCUUGUGCGAUAGUUAUCACCCGGGUCAAGUGUUGAUAUGAUGGAAGGACGAUCUUUUCAUAACUUUUCAAUUACCAACAUUGUUCUCAUUAUCACGGUUCUCUUCUUGGGCAUAAUUUCGUGAAUCCAUAGUCAAAGCAACAAAGAG